GUUUACUGGUGACCUGUUGGAGCUCCCAAUAUCCUGCUCUCCCAUCCAAGAGACUUCACAGUCAAUGUCCAGCUCUGCAAGUGAUCUUUCUUCUCCAACUCUCUGCUCUGAACUUUCUUCUCACACCACUGUUGAGUUACACACAAUCUCUCUGAAUAGAAUAUCUGGGAUGUUUUUGUUGGCGCUUCUUAUACUAAUGGAGCUAAACUUCAACUCUUUGUCAUUGGACACUAGGCUAAACUGGCAGUGGAAUGAAUUUAAAAAUACGUAUGGAAAAGCUUAUAAAAACAAGGAACAGGAGCUUUUUCAUCGACGUAUAUGGGAAAAAAAUCUACUUGAAAUCAGUAUGCACAACUUGAAAUUUUUCCUGGGAACUGAAUCAUACUCCAUGAAGAUGAACAGAAUGGGAGACUGGGAAAAACACCAAGAAUCAGAUAUGGAUUUAGAUUUGUCUUCAGCGUUUUCCAAGAAAAAGAAAAAAAUCCCUAAAAAGAAUGAAACUGAACUUCCAAAAGCAGUUGACUGGAGAAUAAAGGGAUACGUUACUGAAGUCAGAGAUCAGGGAAACUGUGGUUCUUGUUGGGCAUUUAAUGCGGUUGGUGCAUUGGAAGCCCUGAUUAAAAAGCAGACCAAAAUACUUGUGCCGCUCAGCAUUCAGCAGCUAGUGGACUGCUCUCUAGAAGGUGAGGGCUGUGAUGGAGGAUCAGCAGAGGAAGCAUUCAAAUAUGUUAUUAAGCAUGGCAUCACACUAGACUCCAGUUACGGUUACACAGGGAAGGAAGGUUACUGUUACCAGAAUGAUGCUGAGAGCACAUUGUUCCCAUGCUCAGAUUUUGUCGAGAUUCCAUUUAAUGAUGAACUCGCCCUUAAGGAAGCAGUUGCCAGAAUUGGACCUAUAUCUGUUGCAAUUGACAUUUCACCCAAGAGAUUCAGGUUCUAUCAUACUGGAGUAUACUACAGUAAGGACUGCAGCAUUUCUCCAAAUCAUGGUGCUCUGUUGGUGGGUUAUGGUACAGAUAAUGGAGAAGACUACUGGAUUGUAAAGAACAGCUGGGGCACUGAAUUUGGAGAAAAUGGCUAUAUUCGAAUAGCAAGAAACAGAAACAACCACUGUGGAAUUGCUUCACGUGCCCUCUACCCAGUCUGAAGAUGGACAACUGUUUAAAUGGAAAAUGUAGUCAUUUUAUUCUUCC